CGAUUUACACUCUUUUACUAGUAUUAUAUCGUUUAACCUCGAUAUUUGAGGAAGGAGAACAGUUAGAGAAAGGGAUAUCGAUACUGAAGAUAUCGUUACGUCAUUUUAGAGCUCGAAAGACACAUUCCGCGGCAGAAGGGUCGUUCAACAUAUCGAUUCAUACAACAGCAAUAACUCCAACGAGAUCCCGGAGAUCGCAAGUAAUUUAAUUAGGUCAAGAUGGGUUUUCUACGGUCAGCUUUCACCACGUCGCUGGCCCUUACCAGCCAUGCCGUCGCACUGGAUCCCAUCGUCAUGAAGGGGUCGAAGUUCUUCACCAAGAGUGGUGACCAGUUCUUCAUCAAGGGUGUGGCUUAUCAACAAGAGGCUGGUGGCGGUCCAGGCGGCAGCUCGACUUCCAAGAACACGUAUGUGGACCCUCUAUCCAACGAGGACACCUGCAAGCGUGAUAUCCCGCUGCUCGAGAAGCUGGGUGUCAACACCAUUCGAACUUACGCCAUCGACCCCAAGGCCGAUCACAGUGCGUGCAUGAGCAUGUUGGACAAGGCCGGCAUCUACGUUGUCGCCGACUUGGGUGAACCUGCUCUCUCCAUCAACCGUGACUCGCCGGCUUGGAACGUCGAGUUGUUCGACCGCUACAAGGGCGUCGUCGACAACCUUGGCAAGUACGAAAACGUCAUCGGCUUUUUCGCCGGUAACGAAGUUACCAACAACAACACCAACACCGACGCUUCGGCCUACGUCAAGGCUGCUACCCGAGAUGUGAAGAAGUACAUCUCUGACAAGCAGAAGAACGGUGGCCGAUGGAUGGGCGUCGGAUACGCCGCGAACGACGAUGCUGAAAUUCGUGCCAACAUGGCUCAGUACUUCAACUGCGGUGAGCAGGAGGAUGCCAUUGACUUCUGGGGCUACAACAUCUACUCCUGGUGCGGCAAGAGCAGCUUCACCCAGUCAGGUUACGACGUCCAGGUCAAGUUCUUCUCCAACUUCUCGGUACCCGUCUUCUUUGCCGAAUAUGGCUGCAACUCCCCCGGUGGAGCUGAGGGUCGUCUCUGGGACGACACCACCGCGCUCUACUCCAGCCAGAUGACCGACGUCUUCAGCGGUGGUAUUGUAUACAUGUUCCACGAAGAGGAGAACGACUACGGUCUGGUCAAGGUUAACGGUAACUCGGCAAACCCGAUGAAGAACUACAAGGUCCUACAGUCGAAGCUUGCCGACGUCAAGCCUUCGUCUACUUCCAUGGCCGCUUACAACCCCACCAACUCUCCCGCUGCCUGCCCUGCCGUUUCUGACGACUGGAAGGUUGCCGUUGGUCUCCCGCCUACCCCCGACAGCGCCCUCUGCGACUGCAUGGUUAGCUCGUCCUCGUGUGUCCCCGCGGAUGAUCUCGCUGAGAAGGACUACGGCGACAUCUUCGGCUACAUCUGCAAGAACGACGCGGCUGCUUGCGCCGGCAUCAAGGCCGACACCGAGACCGGCGUCUACGGCCCUUACGGCAUGUGCAACCCUAAGGACCAACUUGCACAUGUCCUGAACGCCUACUACCAGAACCAGAACAGCGCUUCCACUGCCUGCGACUUCAACGGUGCUGCGAAGGUCGUGUCUGCCAAGGCUGACUCGAGCUGCGAGGCUUCCUUGGCCAAGGCCAACUCUGCCGUCGCUGUCGCCGCCACAGCCACCGCAGGUUCCGCCGUUACCUCGUCUACUAGCACCGGCGACAGCAAGUCCAGCGAGAAUGCUGCCGCGCCGGCGUCUGUCCGCAUGGCCCCCUUCCUGGCUAUGGGAGAUAUGGCCGUCGGUCUCUACAUGCUGGUAGCCAUGGGUGUCGGUGCCGGUAUGGUGAUGUUGUAAGGAUUUUUAGCGUGGAUGAAUAUGCCUGGAUAUCCGGUAUUAUAAUACGCAGAUGGUCAGGUUGGCGUAAUUAUAUGGGGUGGUUGGAUUUGUGGAUGAAAACCUCGAAUAGUGAGGCGUUGUUGACAAGAUCUAUCUCUAUUGUAAUCAGCACUAGAUUUUGCAGGAUACCCCUAACUGCUCGCAUCAAUAGACCAAGAUAGCAGAAAGUCGUAAAGAUCGAUGCAUCGAUGUUGCUUUAUGGGGAAUAUGGCGUAUUACUGUAACUUAAUAUGGAUAUUAGAUGAUUGUACUUAUCUAAAUGAAUUUC